AUGGGUUUUCCUGGUUUUCCUUUUCGUUUGAUUUUCUUGGUGCUGCUUGUGGCGGCGGCGGCGACGCUGCCUUCUGAAGCUAGAGGUGGAAGGCGGCGAUACCCAUGGGAUCCAAUUAUCCGGUGGCCGUCGGACCACCCUCAGAAGGAGGAGGACGACGGUACCAGAUGGGCGGUGCUGGUGGCCGGUUCUAAUGGAUUUGGGAAUUAUAGACAUCAGGCUGAUGUUUGUCACGCGUACCAAAUACUCAAAAAGGGAGGCGUGAAAGACGAGAACAUUGUCGUUUUCAUGUACGACGACAUCGCAAUGAACGAUUUAAAUCCAAGGAAAGGAGUUUUAAUCAACCAUCCUAACGGUGAAGAUGUCUACGCAGGUGUUCCAAAGGACUACACUGGAGAGCAAGUUACUGCAGAGAACUUCUAUGCAGUGAUAUUAGGUGACAAAAGCGCUUUAAAAGGCGGAAGCGGAAAAGUUGUUGAUAGCAAGCCAGGCGACCGGAUAUUUAUUUAUUAUUCCGAUCAUGGCGGCCCUGGAGUUCUUGGAAUGCCAAACAUGCCUUACCUGUACGGCAAAGACUUCAUAGAUGUUCUGAAAAAGAAGCACACAUCUGGCACCUACAAAGAGAUGGUUAUAUAUAUAGAAGCGUGUGAGAGUGGAAGUGUGUUCGAAGGUUUGAUGCCGGAUAAUCUGAACAUAUACGUGACGACAGCAUCAAAUGCGGAAGAAAGUAGCUGGGGUACGUAUUGCCCCGGAAUGGAUCCUCCGCCACCCCCAGAGUACAUUACUUGUUUAGGUGAUUUAUAUAGCAUCGCUUGGAUGGAGGAUAGUGAGACUCAUAACCUCAAGAGAGAGACUAUAGAGCAGCAAUAUGAUCAGGUGAAGGAACGAACUUCGAACUAUAAUACAUACAAUGCUGGAUCUCAUGUAAUGGAGUACGGAAACACGAGUUUCAAAUGGGAGAAGCUCUAUUUGUACCAAGGGUUUGAUCCCGCAACGGAGAAUCUUCCUCCAAACGGAAUCGAAGUCAAAGAACGCAUGGACGUGGUCAACCAGAGGGAUGCAGAUGUUCUUUUUCUAUGGGAAAGGUACAAAAAAAUGGAGGAUGGCACGAAAGCGAAAGCAGAAUUUUUGAAGGUGAUAACAGAGACGAUGCUGCACAGAGAACAUUUAGAUGGGAGUGUUGAUAUUAUUGGUCUAGCUUUAUUUGGUCCGGAUAAGGGUCCGUCUAUUCUUAAAACCGUAAGAAGACGAGGUUUGCCCCUUGCCGAUGACUGGGAUUGUUUGAAGUCAACUGUUCGGUUAUUUGAGGCGCAUUGUGGUUCGUUGACGCAGUAUGGAAUGAAGCACAUGAGGGCGUUUGCAAAUAUAUGCAAUUCGGGGGUCCCGCUAUCCCGUAUCGAGGAAGCUUGUAUGGCUGCAUGUGGUGGCCGUGACAUUGCAAAAUGGAGUCCUUUAAAUAGAGGUUACAGUGCCUAA